ACAUACUUUAACAAAGGCAAAUCUAGAAAAAGAAAGAAAAGGAAAAUUGAGAAGAGGUUUUGAUUAAACAUAAAUUAUUGAAAACCCUUUUGGUUGGUGAAGUAGAUUUAAUGCAGCUUUGGAGUCCGGGUAUCUCAGAGACACAGAGCAAAGAGUCUUGAGAAGAAGACUUUAGCAGUAGCAUCUUAUUAAUUUAAUCUUAGCCUUCUUUUUAACACCAAACACACACAUAAAAGGUUGAGUCUUUUUGCUUUAUUGAAUCUCUCUGAUGCAUAAAGGGGACACUUUUUUUUUUUUUCUUUAUUUGUAUUCAGCUGUAGAUUUCAUCUCUUGUUAAGUAGUGCUUGUGCUUCAGCUCCUCCAGAUCUCUCCAAUUUGGUUAAAGGGUGGCUUGUGGUCUACUGGUCUAGCUUGGAUUAGUUGUUAAGUUUUGAAAGUAUAUGCUCACAGUGGUCAGAUAUAGUCCAUCACUAUAUAUAUAAUUCUAUAUUUGGGGUACGAGCGAAGAAUGUCGUUCCGAAGCAUAGUUCGAGAUGUGAGGGGUAGUUUCGGGAGCUUGUCUAUGAGGAGUUUUGAUGUUAGGCUCACUGGCCAUCAUAGAGGAAAAUCUCAUGGGUCUGUACAAGACUUGCAUGACCAGCCUUUUGUUGUUCAAAGUAGUUGCUGGGCUAGCUUGCCCCCGGAAUUAUUAUAUGAUGUCAUUAAAAGACUCGAGGAGAGCGAGAGCACGUGGCCUGCUCGAAAGCAUGUUGUUGCAUGUGCUGCAGUAUGCAGGUCUUGGAGGAGUAUGUGCAAGGAAAUUGUGAAGAGUCCAGAGUUCUGUGGCAAACUCACGUUUCCUGUGUCCUUGAAGCAGCCAGGACCACGUGAUGGAAUGGUUCAAUGUUUUAUCAAAAGAGAUAAAUCAAGUUUAACGUACCGCCUAUUCCUUUGUCUCAGCCCUGCUUUGCUAGUUGAAAAUGGGAAAUUCCUCCUUUCUGCCAAGAGGACGAGGAGAACAACUUACACAGAGUAUGUCAUUUCGAUGGAUGCUGGCAACAUAUCUAGAUCAAGUAGCACUUACAUUGGGAAGCUGAGAUCGAACUUUCUUGGCACAAAAUUCAUCAUAUAUGAUACACAGCCUCCAUACACUGGUGCCCAUGUAGCAGCUCCAGGGGUUGGGAGAACAAGCCGGAGAUUUUAUUCCAAGAAGGUUUCACCCAAGGUCCCAUCUGGGAGUUACAACAUAGCUCAGGUGACAUAUGAAUUGAAUGUGCUUGGCACAAGAGGCCCCAGGAAGAUGCAUUGUGUUAUGCAUUCAAUACCAAUGUCAGCACUUGAUGUGGGUGGCAGCGUUCCUGGUCAACCAGAGCUUCUUCCUCGCGCCUUAGAGGACUCAUUCCGAAGCAUCUCCUUUUCCAAGUCCCUAGAUCGCUCUAUCGAGUUCAGCAGUGCUCGAUUCUCUGAGAUUGGGGGAUCCUCCAACGAAGACUUAGAUGACAAGACAAGGCCCUUGGUCCUGAAAAACAAGCCUCCAAGAUGGCAUGAACAAUUACAAUGUUGGUGUCUUAAUUUCCGGGGAAGGGUAACAGUUGCAUCUGUAAAAAACUUUCAGCUCAUUGCUGCAAUGCCGCCACCUGCCGGUGUGCCAACGCCAUCUCAGCCGGCUCCCCCGGAGCAUGACAAGGUAAUUCUGCAGUUCGGCAAAGUCGGAAAAGAUAUGUUCACAAUGGAUUAUAGGUAUCCACUAUCUGCAUUCCAGGCUUUUGCAAUAUGCUUGAGCAGCUUUGACACCAAAUUGGCUUGUGAAUAAAUCUUGGAGCAGAGAACAGUGAUCCUACCAUCUCUUUGUAUUUGUCAAUUUAUUUUGUUACCAGCUUCAUCAGAAUAGGCAAUUACUAUUGUAUUAAUCAUUUUAACUGUAGCAAGUCCUUGAUGUAACAAUGUUUAAGAACAUUUUUAACUUUUAAUGUUGUUCUAUGUA